AUGAGCUUAAAUAAUUUACCUCCUCAUCUACUCCCCCAGAAUUCGGUGGGUAGUAGUGGUGCUGCAUCUAAUAAUAAUGGAAACAAUAACGCACCACAUCCCGUUGGAACCACCCCACCAACCCAUUCUGAAAAUUCAUUAGUUGAACCUGUUUCUUCUAAUCAUGCUGUACUUUCAACCAUCUCAACCACUCCUCCUUUAUUGACUGAUACUUCUCCCUCGCGCCAUAAUAGUAUCUGGAAUACUGCCACCAUGCAACCCUCAACUCCGAAUACAAAUGUGACUCCAUCAUCAAAUCCACCACCACAACAACAACAAUCAAAUCAACAAUCACAACAACAAGCUCAAAGAAGAGCUUCAGUUGAUAUUUGGUCUCAAAAUAACAUUUGGUCUCAACCUACUAAUAAUCCAAGUCCUCCCUUUUUAAGUUCGCCCUCCGAUUCAACUACAGUUAACACAAAUGUUAACGCUAUCAAUAACAAUAGUAAUAAUAACUACUACCCAACUAUGCCUUUAUCUAAUAAGAGUUCAUUUACAGGCAUUUCCACCAAUUCUUCCUCAAAUGCUUUGUUUCAACAGCAACAGCAACCUUCACAAUCUCAACAGCAACAACAACAAUCUCAAGGCUACCCCACCACUAAUCAAUCUAUGGUCACGCCCCAAGAUGAUUACCAAGGUUAUUCCCCAACAAGUGGUGAUUUAAAUCCUUUUGAAUUAAGAAGACAUUCUUAUAGUGAUAUCUAUGCUUUUGGUAAUGGUAACAAUAACAAUACUAAUAAUAAUCAAUCGGUCCUUGCUCCUGCUGCACCUUUACCUACGUCAUCAUCAUCUGGGAACAUGGAUUCAACUUUUCAAUUGGUUAAUGAAUAUUUUGAAACUGAUCCUCAUGAAAGAGUUAAAGUUACCCUUAAAUUAUUAGAAGAACGUUUCUUUGAUGAAGAAAAAUAUCUUGGUGAAGCUUAUCAAUUACCUAAAUUUUUAACUGAAAAUGCCCUUCGUGAUUGUCAAUUAGUUUUGGUUGGGUUUAAAGCGGGUAGAAUUGAUGUAUUUUAUUUACCAUCUAAUCCAUCUCCUGAUUUAAUUAACUUAAAAGUUGGUGAUUUAGUUAUUGUUGAGGCUGAUCGUGGUAAAGAUUUAGGUAAGAUUUUUAAAUUGAAUAUUUCAAUUGAUGAAGCUAGAUUAAUGAAAUUAUUACAAUUCCAAGAACAACAAGCUGCUUUAAAUGAAUCGGAAUUUGUUGAUGAACAUUUAUCAGUUAAACAAAUGAGUGAAACUAACAAUUCGGCUAAUCCAUCUGUGGCACCUCCAACUUUACAUUUCCCCAAACCCAUUGUAUCAUUAGCUCAAACCAAUGAAAUUUUCCAAAUUUUAAAUAAAAAACAAGAUGAAGAAAAAGCUUGUCGUUUAUGUUUAGCUAAGAUUGUUGCUGCUACUGGUCAACUAAGUAAUGGAGGAAUUAUGAAUGCUAAUUCUCCUAUUAGUUCGCCUAUUUCAACUUUAAGUUCUUCAACUCAAGCUGAUUUAUUACAAAUGAAAUUAAUCGAUGCUGAAUAUCAAUUUGAUCGUAAAAAGUUGAUUUUUUAUUAUUCGACAUCAAAAAGAAUUGAUUUUAGAGAAUUAGUGAGGGAAUUAUUUAGAAUUUAUAAAACUAGAAUUUGGAUGUGUGCUGUGGUUGGGUUACCAUAUACUUUAUCAGGAUCUUCAGCAGUGAAUUUAUCCAUGUCGACCAUGGUCCCACCUCCUCCUACUAGAAGUUCAACUGGUUCUAAUAAUUCAUCUUUCCUUAAUACUAGUCCUACUAGUAGUUAUAGUCAAACCAGAUUGAAUGAUCCUUUUGGUAAUUACAAUAGUAAUAAUCAACAACAACAACAACAACAACCACAGCAACAACAAACAUCACAACCACAACAGCAACAGCAACAAGUACCACAUGGAUUUUUUGAUAGGCGUUUUUCAUUACAGACUACUCCACAAUACCAAUAUUCGAGUAUGAAUAAUGAUUUGGUUCAAAUUCCAAGACGUUAUUUGGCUGAGCAACAACAAUCAAGACCAGGCCCACAACAACAGCAACAACACUAUCAACAACAACUACAACAAUCUCAUCAGCCCGGUUAUAGUCAUGUUAGAAGUGCAAGUUUUAGUCAAGUUCCUCAGCAACAACAAUUCUGGGGCCAACAACAGCAACCACAACAGUCAGUACAACAAGCUUCAUACGGUCAGCAACAACAGCAACAACAGCAACCACCACUUUCUUCUCAUUCAUCACAACAAUCGUUUCAAUUUCAUCCUUCUCAACAACAGUUUCAAUCAUCACAGGUUCAAUCACAAUCUCAAACCCAUACCCCAUUACGUGAAUUACCAUUCAGAAAGGAAGGUGAAGAUGGUUCGACAUCAUCUUUUUCAUCAACUUCUGGCGAUUCACCUUUUAUGUUGAAGAGUUUAGUUGAUUCCAUUAAUCAUUAA